CCCUCUGAUGUUACCCAUGACAGAGGCAAAACAAAACGGCAACGGCUGUUUAUAUUAACCAUAAACGUCGGCCAUAAAAUAUUUUAUUAUAUUAUUGCUUCUAGAUUUCUGCUGAUAAAUUCCGUCAACAACGGGAUGUAGCCAAUAAAAUGGAGUAUGAUGAGAAACUUGCACUUUUUCGUCAAACCCGCCUAAAUCCUUUUGAUCGUGGAGAGGAAGAAGAUGGUCCCCAAGGAGGCAAAACACCCCCACAACAUGAAGCAAGAUCCGAAGUUUUCUCUGGGACCAGAACUCACCAUUCAGAUCGAACCAUGGACCUCGGUCUAGCUGAGGACCACUUCUCAAGGCCUGUGGGUUCUUUUGUGGCGUCAGACAUCGAACAGCUCAAACUGGCCAUAGAAGAAUGUAAGAAGCUGAUUUUGGAGCUGCCAGAGCAUUCAGAGAGACAAAAGGACAAUGUGGUGAAACUUAUUCACCUGCGUCUCAAAUUGCAAGAACUUAAGGAUCCUGAGGAAGAUGAGCCUAAUCUGAGAAUCCUAUUGGAACACCGCUUCUCCAAGGAGAAGAGCAAGAGUGUCAAACAGACCUGUGAUAAGUGUAGUGCUAUCAUCUGGGGCCUUAUCCAGACAUGGUAUACCUGCACAGGAUGCUAUUAUCGUUGCCAUAGUAAGUGUAUGAACCUGAUCACUAAGCCCUGCGUUAGGUCAAAGGUCAGCCACCAGUCUGAGUACGAACUCAGUAUUUGCCCUGAAAUAGGACUAGACCGGCAAGACUACCGCUGUGCAGAAUGCCGCGCACAGAUUUCCCUGAGGGGUGUACCUAGUGAAGCCAGACAGUGUGACUACACAGGCCAGUAUUACUGCAGCACAUGCCAUUGGAAUGACACAGCCGUCAUUCCAGCUCGUGUCAUCCACAACUGGGAGUUUGAACCACGGAAGGUUUGUCGCUCCUCGAUGCGCUACCUGGCCCUGAUGAUGUCACGUCCUGUGCUAAGGCUGAAAGAAAUAAACCCGCUGCUAUUCAACUUUGUGGAGGAACUGGUUGAAAUCAGGAAACUUCGUCAAGAUAUUCUGUUGAUGAAACCCUAUUUUAUUACCUGCAAAGAGGCGAUGGAAGCUCGACUACUACUACAGCUGCAAGAUCGGCAACACUUUGUCGAGAAUGACGACAUGUACUCACUACAGGAUUUGAUUGACAUCUCCACCGGCAGACUGAGCUGUUCCCUCACAGAGAUCCACACCACGUUUGCUAAGCACAUCAAACUAGACUGCGAGCGCUGUCAGGCCAAAGGAUUUGUGUGUGAGCUUUGUAAGGAGGGAGACAUCCUAUUUCCCUUUGACAGUCACACCUCAGUCUGCCAUGACUGCUCCGCCGUCUUCCACAGAGAUUGUUACUAUGACAAUUCCACAACUUGUCCACGAUGUGCCCGAAUGACUGAGCGCAAGCAGGACGAGGACGAGCCAGAUGUGAAAGAAUCCUAACUCUGGACCACGCCAUGUUAGUGGACAUUGCACUUUGCCUCAUGAUUCAAAAAAUGUCUGUUAAAACAAACUUAUCAUUUAUUUCUUCCUUUUAUUUUGUGAUUUAUGCUCUGACUUAUUUGUUCUUGUGCACUACAUUAUGAAGCCGGGUAUUUAGAAUUCAUCUGGAAAUUAAUAUAUUUUUAUCAGACCUUUGCAUUCCUACAGAACUUAGAUGUAUAUAACACUGUAUGUAUGUUUAACGUUAGCGUGUGUUUAUAAAUCUACAAAUAAAUACCCUGUAGAGAAAAUCCGCCUCAUCAGUAGCUGGUUAUGCAUGCAGAAAUUGUAUAUUAAUUGUUACUAGCCUCAAAUACAUUAAUCCAGACUGCCAAUAAUGCUGAGCUUUAAAGUUGCCAUAUAUUAAAAAUGUAAGAAUUAGAAUGCCAGCUUAAAAUAAGAAAAUCACAAAAUUGUAUCGCCAAAAAUUUGCCUUUCAGCAUCCAGUUGCUGUGCUGCCAUUUUUGAGCUUCAGUUUAUUAGGUUCAGAUGGGUUGUGUUGCACAAAAAAUCCAAUGUGUUUACAUUGUUUAAAAUAGAAUGUGGAUUACGUCUUUUAGACUGUGUGAUCAGUCGGUCACUGCCACUUUCUUUUUUCCCUUUUUUGGGUUUUUUUUUCUAUGAUGAAUUCAAUUGCUGUUUACUUAGAAUCAUUAUAUUGAUCUGUUUGACAUUUCAUGAGGUCUAAAAUUAUGUAGGUUUUCAGGCCUUAACUAUCUAUUUUCUGCUGUUUUCCUAUUCACAUCUUACCAAGUGGUGUAGGUCUACAAAAAUGAAUGUGUAUAUAUGGAAUCACUGAAACCAUAGCUUCAACUAUACAUAAUUUAUUGGCAACAAAUAUAUGAUGAAAGCAUGCAUUGGCAGUACAGUACAUUUUCUUGUAAAGGGAAUUGUUAAACUGUAAGAGAAAAGGACUAUGGGAGUUGUUUUUUGUGCUUUCAUUUUUUUAUUUUAUUCAAAACUGUGAACUAAUGCCGUACAGUCUAAUAUGUGUUUAAUCAGUACUGUUUUCAUGCAGUGUAGCAAAUAACUGUUAAUGCUCAUGGAAUUUGUGUGCCUGAGACUGUCAGGUUACUUACAGCUGUUAUCCAAACCUCUUAAUACCAUCAUAGUGGUUCUUUCAGUCUUAAUUAACCUACAAGUCUUUAUAUGUUAAGUAGCAACUUUGGUUAAUGUGUAAAUGCUGACCUUAAGUAUUUGUUUUAAAAUAAUGAGUUUUGGCUGUGUUAUCAGUCAGCAUGAUGUACUGUGUGUGUGUGUGUGUGUGUG